UCAUGUAUCAUGCAUCAGUGCAGUUUAGUGCAUACGCUGAUGUAUUAGCCUAUCUGAUCUGGACUUGAGCUCAGUGUAUUCAGUGAGUGUGGGAAUGAACCCUGGCAGCAGGCGAGACGUCUUUACGCGUGAGACGUUCUGCCUCUCCGUAGAAAAGCUCCCCUCUCUCUCUCCUCUCUGGCUGCAGCAACGCCGAAAGCGGCUGCACGAUGGCGCCAGAGUCCCACGAAUCAAAAGCUCCUCCCGGGUUCGAGCCGAAACACGUUCACUGUCCCGCGCGCGCCGUGAAAAACACACGGCCCGACGACUCGUAACGCGACGCUGUCAGUGCAAUGCGACAUUUUUUUUUUUCGUCUUUUGAAAAGUGUCUCGUGCACGUUUUGACAUUUUGACCGUGGACUCGUCCACCGGUUAAUUCUACCCUGAUCAGAGGAGCCUCUGUGACGGACAGCAUCCUCUCCGUUUGGGACAGUGGACACAGAAAUGUCACUGGCGGCUAUAAAUAACCCUUCCCACCUCAGCCGCACUUCUCCCCGUCGCACCCUCGGGGGACAGUCGGUGUCGGGCUGCUUUGAGCAAAUCAGGCGCAAUCCCCGAUAUUACCACGGACGGACCCCCACCCGGCUGACAUCAUUGCGUCUGGCUACAUAGAUAGUUCCGUAGCACCCCCCCCCCCCCUCUCUCGCAUUUGGAGCAGCCUGUGCGCGUAGUCAGUGGCACUUCAUCACAGCGCGCGCCGAGGCAGGAGGCGGACCGUCGGGCGUGAACGAAAUAGUAACGGUGGCGCGCAGAGGCGGCAGUGUGCGGGACAACGCGGGCAGAGGAGCUACGCAGAGGACGUCUCUCCCCCUCAUCCUCCACCGGAUCGCGUGCUGCAGCCUCGUCGCCGUCCCGACCUUCCGUUCCGGUCGCAGCCCGCCAGCGCGCCGUUGGAGAUGUCCAAAAAACGGCCAGCCGAACCGGAGUCCCGGGUGAAACAGCAAGCCGCACUGGGCAACAUGACUCGCCUCCCCUGUUUCUCCCCGGAGUCCGUGGAAUGAAGACGGCUUAAAUUGGACCCCGAGCAGAGCGCAAAGAUGUCUGUGCCGUUGCUGAAGAUCGGCGUCGUGCUCAGCACCAUGGCGAUGAUCACCAACUGGAUGUCGCAGACCCUUCCCUCGCUGGUGGGGCUCAAUACCACCAAGCUCACGGCGGCGCAGGGAGGGUACCCGGACCGGAGCACGGGAGUGUUGCCGGCGAACCCGGAGGAGUCGUGGCAGGUGUACAGCUCGGCCCAGGACAGCGAGGGCCGGUGCGUGUGCACCGUGGUGGCGCCGCAGCAGUCCAUGUGUUCGCGGGACGCCCGCACCAAGCAACUGAGGCAGCUGCUGGAGAAGGUCCAGAACAUGACCCAGUCCAUCCAGGUGCUGGACCAGCGAACCCAGAGGGACCUGCAGUACGUGGAGAAGAUGGAGGUCCAGCUCCGGGGCCUGGAGUCCAAGUUCAGGCAGGUGGAGGAGAGCCACAAGCAGAACAUGGCCAAGCAAUACAAGGCCAUAAAGGCGAAAAUGGAGGAGCUUAGACCGUUGAUACCAGUGUUGGAGGAGUACAAAGCCGAUGCCAAAUUGGUAUUGCAGUUUAAGGAGGAGGUCCAGAAUCUGACGUCAGUUCUAAACGAACUUCAGGAGGAGAUGGGGGCCUAUGACUACGAGGAGCUCCACAACAGAGUGUCAAAUCUUGAGGAGAGACUCCGAGCAUGCAUGCAAAAAUUAGCGUGCGGCAAACUGACGGGCAUCAGCGACCCCAUCACCAUCAAGACGUCUGGAUCCCGGUUCGGCUCCUGGAUGACCGAUCCCCUGGCGCCGGAGGGAGACACGCGGGUCUGGUACAUGGACGGCUACCACAACAACCGCUUCGUGCGCGAGUACAAGUCGAUGCAGGACUUCAUGACGUCGGACAACUUCACGUCCCACCGGCUGCCGCACCCGUGGUCGGGGACGGGCCAGGUCGUCUACAACGGCUCCAUCUACUUCAACAAGUUCCAGAGCCACGUCAUCAUCAAGUUCGACUUCCGCACCUCCUCCAUCAGCAAGUCCCGGCAGCUGGACUACGCCGGCUUCAACAACGCCUACCACUACGCCUGGGGAGGCCACUCCGACAUUGACCUCAUGGUGGACGAAGGGGGCCUUUGGGCCGUCUACGCCACCAACCAGAACGCCGGGAAUAUAGUGAUCAGCAAGCUGAACCCCAACACGCUGCAGAUCAUCAAGAGCUGGACCACCAACCACCCCAAGCGCAGCGCCGGGGAGUCCUUCAUGAUCUGCGGCACGCUCUACGUCACCAACGGCUACUCAGGAGGCACCAAGGUCUACUACGCCUACUCCACCAACUCCUCCACCUACGAGUACAUCGACAUUGCCUUCCAGAACAAGUACUCGCAUAUCUCCAUGCUGGACUACAACCCGCGCGACCGCGCCCUCUACGCGUGGAACAACGGCCACCAGGUCCUCUACAACGUCACGCUGUUCCACGUCAUCCGCUCGGAAGAACUGUGAGCCCGGAUUGCCUACGUGAAUACAUAUAACCUGUGUAGAGAGCUCCAUAUAUACUAAAAUAUAUCAGAGAAUAAGAAGACUAUGGCGAGACUGUCAUGUUUAUAAUAUCACAUAACUUUUACUGAGAGACUGCACCAACGGCGAAUGCGAAGUGGAAUGUGCAUAUGGAUGAAACUAAAAAAAAAAAAGAAGAGAAAUCUGAAAUUGAAGGGUUUCAUUCCAAAAUGUGAUAUAUUUGUUACAGAAAAAAAUAAUAUUUAUCAGGUAAUAAUACAAAAUCACAUAUGAUAGUUUUGUAAAUAACUUCCUCUACUGUCAACAGUAACUACUGCAUAGUAGACUUUUAUUUUACUAGCUGCCAUUAUUUUGUUAGAGGUCUUUUAUUUUGGAAUGAAACUCUUUGUUUACCACAUAGAAUAUGAUUGUAAACGUAGACUAUAUAGCAGAUGUAAAAGAAUAAGAACAGAUGCCAAAAAAAAUGAACAUCACCGCGCCGUUUUGUUCUUUUUAACAUGGCGGAGCAUCGACCCGCGCUCCGAUUCUUCGGCGCCGACUCCCUCUCAGCUCAGCUUCCCGCUCGCUUCGCCGGGGCUCCUGACACAAGGACUGCUGAUGACACACAAACUGUUGGAUCCUCCGGUGCUACGGACGCGACUGAGGAGCGGGAGGUCAGCGUGGGCGGAGGACCCGCUCGCCCGGCGGGCGCGGCCUCGUCUCAUGCCUCCGAUAAAGUACAGUAGCAAAAAUAAGAAAUCGACAAUAACAAGAUCCACUAAAAGACCUGACGGCACUGACUGUUGACAGCACUGUUGUUUGAGAUAAUUUCUUUCUGUGUUUGUGACUACGUGUGACAAAGGCUUUCUUUGCAUGAGUGUUUCCUAUCACUCCCGUCUGCUCUUCUGAAUGUCUUUCUCUGUAUGAUACUUUAAAAAAAAAAAAACGAAGAAGAUGGUUGGUUCGGGGUGUUGGUGAAUAUGUUAGAAAACCUGAGAUGUAAGGAUUUGGAUGUUUACUUAUUUUCCUCUAAGCUUCUUUCUAUUUAGUUUUCUUUUCUUUUGUGUCAUUUUUUUAUAUUCAACCGCUCUUGUAUCAUUGUACCUGUUGCUGCUGUUUUUUUGUCUCCUCUGUAUUUGUUGACUUGGCCUGCGUGGGAGAAAUCUAUCUAGCUCACAUCUGUGAAGAGAAAACAAAUAUCAGAAAGUCUUAGUAUCCUGGGAACCUGGUCCUGUUCACAUCAUGCGCCUGUAGUAGGGAGUUUUUAUUAUUAAUUUUUUUUCUGAGGAUAAUCCUGUCUCAUGUCAUGUAUUCCCCCGCUGCUAGUGAAGGAUAAUGCUGUUUUAAAUGUAUACCCUUGCUGAGGACAAAACGCUUUUCACUCUUUCUGCGCUUUGCUGGACAUGUGUUGUGUCUGAGAUGAGAUAGUUAAUGAUUCGUGUCAAUAAAACAGAGAAAUCUGAAA